AUGGCUAAAUUAGUGCACGAUAUCCAGAAGAAGCAGCAUAGGGAGCGUUCGCAGCUCACAGGUCGUGCUAGACUUGGUAUGCUUGAGAAGCAUAAGGACUAUGUGAAGCGUGCUCAAGACUAUCAUAAGAAACAGAACACUCUAAAGGCCCUCCGGGAGAAAGCUAAGGAGAGGAACCCUGAUGAAUAUUACCAUGCCAUGAAUACUAGAAAAGUAGAUGACAAGGGUCUUCUUAUAAAAUCAAGAUAUGAAGAUGGUGAAGAUCCCUCUCUAGAUAUGGAUCAAGUUAAACUGUUAAAGACGCAGGAUAGUAACUAUAUAAGAACACUUAGACAAGUUGAGCUGAAAAAACUACAAAGAGACAAGCAACUUAUUGGUUAUAAGUCACAAUCGAAACACACAGUUUUUGUAGAUGAUCAAGAUAGCAUGAGAGACUUUAAAGCAGAGAACUACUUCAAAACUACAAAGGAAUUUCUAGAUAGACCAGAGAAUAGAUUAACCGUAGAUCAAUUGACAUCUCAAAAUUUAAACGUUGGUGAUUCAGAAUCAUUAUUGAUGCCAAAGGAAUCACUAGACAAAAAAAGACUUAAAAAAAUAAAACAAGUUAAACUACACAUGGAAAGGGAGAAACAACUAAAUCAGAUACAACAGAGGAUGGAUAGUCAACGAGAGAGGAUGAAGAAAGGAUCAAAAAAGAAGAUUAUUUCUGAUACUGGUAAUGUAACAUUCAAAUGGAAGAAGCAACGUAAGCGUUAG